AUGAUGGGGUCUUUUUUUUCCUGGUUAUCCGUUUUCAAAGUGUAUGAGGAGCAGGGAGGGGAAGCGGGGAAAAAAAAUUUCAUGCAUGAUGUGACUGAUUAUUGCAUAAGAUGUGUCUCCCUUCGUUUUAUUCUCCCUUUAUUGUGUAUAUUUUUCACCUACAGCUUAGGAGAGGAAGUGUUCCUAAUAUCGAGAGAUAAUUAUCAAGUAAUAAAUCUCUCCGAAAACGUGCUUCUACUCUCCAAUCUGUACAUACAUGUUUACUUAUGUGUGUUAGAUCGAGUAGCAAGCGUCUGGGGGACGCUAAUUGCAUCUAGAGUUCAAUGAUAAUUUUGGAUCAUUCGUUCUCCGCUUAUUUGUUGUUUUUUGCAGUAUUUUUCUAAUUGCCCAUAUUUUUCACUCAAA